AUGAUUUCAACGUAUGCAAGAGAAUAUAAAGCACAGUCUAUUGUAAACUAUCGUCAGUAUGCAAGAGAAUAUAAAGCACAGUCUAUUGUAAACUAUCGUCAGUAUGCAAGAGAAUAUAAAGCACAGUCUAUUGUAAACUAUCGUCAGUAUGCAAGAGAAUAUAAAGCACAGUCUAUUAUAAACUAUCGUCAGUAUGCAAGACAAUAUAAAGCACAGUCUAUUGUAAACUAUCGUCAGUAUGCAAGAGAAUAUAAAGCACAGUCUAUUGUAAACUAUCGUCAGUAUGCAAGAGAAUAUAAAGCACAGUCUAUUGUAAACUAUCGUCAGUAUGCAAGAGAAUAUAAAGCACAGUCUAUUAUAAACUAUCGUCAGUAUGCAAGAGAAUAUAAAGCACAGUCUAUUAUAAACUAUCGUCAGUAUGCAAGAGAAUAUAAAGCACAGCCUAUUGUAAACUAUCGUCAGUAUGCAAGAGAAUAUAAAGCACAGUCUAUUAUAAACUAUCGUCAGUAUGCAAGACAAUAUAAAGCACAGUCUAUUGUAAACUAUCGUCAGUAUGCAAGACAAUAUAAAGCACAGUCUAUUGUAAACUAUCGUCAGUAUGCAAGACAAUAUAAAGCACAGUCUAUUGUAAACUAUCGUCAGUAUGCAAGACAAUAUAAAGCACAGUCUAUUGUAAACUAUCGUCAGUAUGCAAGACAAUAUAAAGCACAGUCUAUUGUAAACUAUCGUCAGUAUGCAAGACAAUAUAAAGCACAGUCUAUUGUAAACUAUCGUCAGUAUGCAAGAGAAUAUAAAGCACAGUCUACUACCAAGAGACUGCAUGCAGAGGCGACGCGCUUUGGACUGGAGAAAAUUGGAAUAAAGCUAAACACGAGCGAAGAUUGCCUUUGUCUAAAUGUCUACGCACCUGGAAUCCUGACGAAUGAUACGUCAUUACCUGUCAUGGUGUGGAUCCACGGAGGUGGUUUUUUGGUCGGAUAUGCUGCUGCUUUCGAUGGGAAAUCCUUAGCCAAGAAAGGAGUGGUUGUCGUAUCAAUAAAUUACAGACUGGAUGCUUUCGGGUUUCUGAGCACAGAAAGUGAAGACAUUCCUGGCAAUUACGGAUUGCUCGACCAAAUUUUUGCCCUUAAAUGGGUCAAAGACAAUAUCGACAAAUUUGGCGGAGACAAAAAACAAGUUACUAUUUUCGGAGAAAGCGCUGGAGCUUGUAGUGUGUCUCUACUGACAGUGUCUGAAAGAUUCAGUGGCCUUUUCCAUAGAGCCAUCAUGGAAAGCGGGUCAUCUCUGGCACCUUGGUGUGUCAUUUAUCCCAGUACCAGCUUAAGACCAGAACUGAUCGUUCAAAGGAUUGGAGAAAAAUUAAACUGUUCCUCGAAGUAUGCAAGUGAACUUCUAACCUGUCUUCAGAACAGUGACGCAGAAAAAUUACUCGAUGCCAGUGUGUAUGUACAAACGGAAGCCAAAGUCAACGCCAUUUUGCUUCCCGUUGUCAGAAAUGUGUUCGAGGAACUGCCAAGAGUGUUGAUGAACUACGGCCACAUCAACAGCGUGCAGACUCUACGUGGUUACAAUUCCAAUGAAGCAGGGGCGUUGAAGCAAAACUUUACCUCGGGGGACAAGAAUUUAAAGCUUUCCUCAACGAAAAACUUGCCCACUUUAACAUCCUAAACAGACUCCUUUAUAAGGCAGUAUGAAAACGCCUAUCUUGGAAACAUUAGCGAUCCAAAUAGGAUUCUCGAAAAAUCUUCAGAAGCAGUGACUGAUUUGUACUACACGUCCCCAAUGCUCAUCGAGCUGGAUAAAGUUGUUGGCGUUGUCAGCAACAUUCAGCACUAUCUCUAUGAAUUUAACUACAGAAAGAGUAUUAGUAGCCUGCCCAGCUGGGCCACUGCUGAACAUGCAGAUGAAGUGCCGUUCAUUCUUCUAGAAUUUCAGUUUCCUUUGUGGCUCAGCCCGAUACCUCCCACGCAGGAUGAUCUGCUCGUGUCCGAACAGAUGAUGACCCUGUGGGCCAACUUCGCCAAGACUGGCGACCCAACGUCUACACUACCGACAGGCGCUACCAAGUGGCCCGCUUAUGUCAGAACUAAUCCUCGUUUGCUUAAGAUCAAUAAAGUGUCCACCGUGACGUCACCAGGCAGACGGGAAGGUCUGAACAUCUAUGAAAAAUUGAUUUCCUAUUUGGAAAAUGAAAAUAAUGUGAACAUUGUAAUAGGUUAGCACAUAUGACUUUGU